AUGGGUAACUGCUGGUAUAGAGGGGAGCCUUCAGUGUACAGAGUCUCAUCAAAUGCAAAACCAGAUUCUCCAAGAGAGCAAUGCCCAUCAGAGAAACCAAGGAAGGACAUGAGGAAACUGCCGUCGAAUCCAGAAGAAGUGGAGGACCUACGUCGUGAUUCAGCUGCCAAUCCUCUGAUAGCAUUCACCUUUGAGGAGCUGAAGAAAAUGACAAGCAACUUCAGGCAAGACAGGGUGCUCGGAGGAGGAGGGUUCGGGAAUGUCUAUAAAGGGUCUAUAACCGAGGAUCUAAGAGAUGGGAUGCAGCCAGUUGAAGUUGCUGUCAAGGUUCAUGAUGGUCACAAUAGCUACCAGGGUCACAGAGAAUGGCUGGCAGAGGUCAUCUUCCUGGGGCAGCUUUCGCAUCCUAAUCUGGUGAAGUUGAUUGGCUACUGCUGCGAGGAUGAGCACCGGGUCCUGAUAUACGAGUAUAUGGCUCGGGGUAGUGUGGAGAACAAUCUAUUUUCGAGAGUAUUACUUCCACUUUCUUGGAAGAUCAGAAUGAAGAUUGCGUUUGGUGCAGCGAAAGGACUUGCAUUUCUGCAUGAAGCUGAAAAACCUGUCAUUUACCGCGACUUUAAGACCUCUAACAUAUUACUAGACGGGGAAUACAAUGCCAAACUCUCGGACUUUGGCCUAGCAAAGGAUGGCCCUAUGGGAGACAAAACUCAUGUUUCCACCCGCAUCAUGGGAACUUAUGGAUAUGCAGCACCAGAAUAUAUAAUGACUGGCCAUCUGACACCUAGAAGUGAUGUGUACAGCUUUGGUGUUGUUCUUCUCGAACUUCUGACGGGAAGAAAAUCUCUCGACAAAUCUCGUCCGACAAGAGAACAAAACCUGGCAGAUUGGGGGCUCCCACUUCUGAAAGAGAAGAAGAAAUUGCUCAACAUUGUUGAUCCAAGAUUAGAAGGAGAUUAUCCUGUUAAAGCUGUUCACAAAGCAGCAAUGCUAGCAUAUCAUUGCUUGAAUAAAAAUCCCAAAGCAAGACCUUUGAUGCGAGAUAUAGUUGACUCCUUGGAGCCUUUGCAAGUAGCUGAAGUGCUUCCACACGAAAAAGGCAUGGUCACUGUCAUAAAUGUGAUACCUGAGGGUGCUGAGGCUAAAAGAAACGAGAAUGCAACAUAA